UAUUUAUUUAUUUAGUCUAAAAUGAAACCAGGCUUCUUGCUUACAAAAGCAGGACCCCAAUCGGAUUCGGUUGCGAAAUAGAUCGUCCAACAAUCGGAUUCCAAUCGUCCAACAAAACCGGGACUCCGACCGGAUUCGGUUGCUAGAAGUGUUAAAAGCUCGGGAGUUUCAUGUUUUGCGACAUAAGCAAGGAACAAAUUCUAUCGAGUCUCAGACAAUGUCGACUGCCAAAAUCCAACCCACAACGUGUUCGUUCUCAUCGACCGUUAGACACGUCGGCGUCUUCAAUCUCCGGCUUUCCCGAAGCGCCCAUGUAUCGUCCAACGGCUUCAACAACCACGUUGGACCCCACGGUAUCAGAAGAGCCCUCACCGUCUCCAUGUCUUCUGCUCCGUCUUCCAACCCUCUUGAAAUCUGCGUUAAAGCUUCCGUCACUGCCCCCAACAAGCUCGGCGACUGUCCCUUUUGCCAAAGGGUAUUGCUGACUUUGGAGGAAAAGCAUCUCCCUUAUGACCUCAAGUUGGUAGAUUUGGCUCACAAGCCCGCAUGGUUCUUAAAAAUUAAUCCAGGAGGUAAAGUUCCUGUAAUUAAACUUGAUGAGAAGUGGAUGCCAGAUUCAGAUGUGAUUACACAAGCACUAGAAGAAAAGUACCCUAAUCCACCACUGGGAACCCCUCCCGAGAAGGCUUCAGUUGGGUCAAAGAUCUUCUCCACAUUUAUUGGUUUUCUCAAAAGCAAAGACCCCAGUGACGGAACAGAGAAAGUGUUGCUCAACGAACUCAGUUCUUUUAACGACUAUAUUAAAGAAAAUGGUCCUUUUGUCAAUGGGAAAGAUGUUUCUGCUGGAGACUUUUCACUUGGACCCAAGCUGCAUCAUCUAGAGAUUGCUUUGGGGCAUUACAAGAAUUGGUCAGUUCCAGAUUCUCUUCCCCACGCAAAGUCUUACAUGAAGGCUAUCUUCUCAAGGGAUUCAUUUAUUAAAACACGUGCACUGCCAGAGGAUGUAAUUGCGGGUUGGCGUCCCAAAGUCUUGGGUUAAAUUUUCUGUAGCAUGUGUAUUGGACUUUGCAGGUCUAAACCCAUAACCUUCUUGACAUGUAUGAAUAUGUUUGUAUAUAUUGGGUUAAAUUGUGUGUAGCUGUGUGUUGGACUGCGCAGGUAUAAACCCGUUACCUUCUUUACAUGUAUCAUGGAAACACUUCUUUAUUAUUAUUAUUUUCGAUAA